AUGGAACCUGAAGACAAUGAAGUUGAGAAUCUCAUUGAACUGGAUCACCUGAAAGAGUUUGAAAUUGCAACUGAUUCACAAGGAAUUAAAUCUCUAGUUUCAUAUUCCCGUAAUAGUCGAGGACAUUCUGUCAAAAUAACAAAAAGAGUAAAGGAAAUAGUAGUAAGUAAAAGAAUACACAAGUCGGUUUUCGAAAGGAAGAAUCUUGUUCCCUUUAACCUUAAUGACGAAAAUGACGCUGGAGCCAACUUUGUUUCUAACGAAGAAAUUGUAAUAGAACUGUCCCGUAACGAACGGAGACUCAAUCAAGAUGAUGAUUCUGAUCUUAUUUACUCACCCGUUGAUACAAAUUUUUUGAAGUUGUCAAGAGACUUGAAGUUGAAGUUCAAGAGCCUCAAAGAAGAAGAUAAUGUGCCUGAGGAAGUUGAAGAGGAGCCUCCAGCCAAAUAUGUACCUCCAUCACGUAAAGAAGGAGGCGAACGCAGAUCAUUCGAUGACAACACGAUUCGUAUUACAAACUUAAGUGAAGAUAUAAGAGAAAAGGAUUUGACUGAGUUAUUCGGUAGAGUUGGACGCAUACAUAGAGCUUAUCUCGCCAAAUACAAGGAAACACAAAAUCCGAAGGGAUUCGCAUUUGUUACAUAUGUUAAUAAAGAAGAUGCCAGAGAAGCCAUCAAUAAAUUUAACCGCUGGGGAUACAACAAUUUACUACUCAAUGUUGAAUGGGCCAGACCUUCCAAGGACAAAUGA